UUAACCCACUACAGUUAUCUCCAGAUAACUUAUUGCCUCCGUUUAAAUGGGAACAGCGUUCAUGUUCGUAUGCUUUCGAAUUAAUAUCUUAAUGUUAUCUUAAACACAAAAGUUUCAUCAACCAUAAUACACGAACACUAAUCAGAUAUGGGCGAGUACAUGGACUUUGGACUGUUGUAUUUACUCACACAACGGUUUUAUUUGAUCUGCUAUCGGUAUUGCUUACAUUUGUGUUUGAAUAUAUUGUGUUGGAAGUAUCCAAACAUUGUCGAGAACAAAGUACCUACUAGAAAAAAUAGCAGCGAUGAACGUCAGGCAAGAAAUCAACAAAAUUGUGAACAAUUGCUGAAAAAAGCUCAGUCAGAAAUCGAUAUACUUCGUAGUGAAAAACAGGUGUUGGAAAGUGAAAAACAAGAUGCCUUAAGCAGAGAUCAAAACCAUGCAAGAGUUCAACAGCAAUUGGAAGAUUUGCUGAAAAAAGCUCAGUCGGAAAUCGAUAGAUUGCAUGCUGAAAAACAGGUGUUGGAAAGUGAAAAACAAGAUGCCUUCAACAGACUAAGCACAUUGAUGUCUUCCAAACUGAGGGACAAUAACCCAAACAUUGCCGACCUCAGCGACCAGUUUAGGCCCACCAAAAUUGGCGAGCAGUUCACUGAGCUCUAUGACAAUGAAUGGACAGAUGCUUUCUCUGUGCUGGAACAACAAUAUACGGAAAAGCAGGGAAUAACCUUUCUCUUAGAUAUCAUUAUGGAAGCCUACGUAUUCUGCGAACAUGAACUCACUGCGUCUUGGAACUAUGUUGAAAAAAUCUUUCUAACCGAGGGCGAUACUGUGACAGCAAAGUGUUUGAAAGAUGCGCGAAAAAAGAAGAUUCUGGAUGACAUUUCUGAAAAGAAACGGGAAUUUUCAACUGAUCUGUCAACUCAUUACACUAAGUACCCAUCGUUUGCCAACAACGACGCGAUCCAGAAAUAUAUAAGUAAAUGCGUACAGUUAUGUCUGCUCAUGAAUGCAAAUGACCCGCCAGUGGUUAUUGAAUGUCCAGGAUGGCAUUCGCAUAUUUGGACACAAGGUCACACCCGAAUGCCAAUGGUCAAUGGCAAACCGACGUCAAGGAAAGCAUGGGUAGUAAUAGAAAUAGACGAACAGCCCAUGCCUAGACAAGAUUUUGACAAGGCUGUUUUUAAGGAGUAUACAUGCCGUGGACCAUACGUAGAGUAUUUUGUUUGGCCCAUCAUGUACCUUCAUCGAAAUGGACCGAUGCUUGCCAAGGGAAUAGCUCAAGGAAACCAUAUGUAGAACAGCCCGCCCCAAAACGCUGAAGUACUGAGUGGUUUGGAUGUUCGUAUGUACUGCAAACAAUCUAUUUCAUAAGAAUAUAAUGUAUAGGUUCGUUUUAUAGUAUAAUGUAUUUGACUGCAACGCUCAUAAAUAUUAAUGAAUUAAUUAAUAUUAUCAUAAAUUUACAUGGUCUACUUAUUACUAAUCGGAAUAUAAAAUGUGAAAAUAAAACUGUUUUAUUUCAUUUAUAAAUCAACAUUGUCCAUCUUAAUUUAGUAACAUAUUCAUAGCUCAUCAAGGGGAAUAAAAUUUAUUUGUUUUUAGUCUCAUACAAACUCAAUGUCGCUGCUUUAUCUUGAGUGUUUAUUGUAAAUAGCAUUUAAGAUGUUGAAUCAAAAAGCACCAGUACGAUGAUAGUUAUCAUAAUGGUCAUUUUUGAUUCAACGUCGCUUUUGCUAUUGAAAAAAAUGAAAAUGUUGUGUUAAAGUAGAUCCAAAGUAGUGUAGAUUUUUAUUUAAAAUAUGUACAAAACAUAAAACGCGCAAUGGGCUCCUACCCUUCCGCAUCAACCCUCUUCUUCGCCGGCUUGGCGCUGAACCUGAACACAAUUCUGGGGAAACGCAUGCAUAUGUACCUGCAAAUGUUUGCAGUGAUACGAGUUUUGAAGAUAUACACUGGACAAUAAAUCCGACGUCCGGACAUGUGAGAAAAUUAUUAACCUUCAGCACAACUGUUCCCGGAUAAAUUGUUUGGACUUGAGCAUUGAUGUGGCCUAUGCCAGUUUAUCUAGAUUAAAUUAAAAUAAAUGAUCAUAUGCAAACUAUUAUUUGCCAACUUAGCAAGAAUAUAUGAAACCUAAUCGGUAAAAUCUUCAAAACUGUAUUUCAAUGGGCCUAAUCGAUUACCUUAUUGGGCAUUGGAUGGUUUUAUGUAAUUUAAUAUAUUUCAUAUGCUACAUAUUUAUACAGGUUCAAUGUGGGCUUGGGCAAGAGUCUGUUUGUUUCGGGAACCCGUAUAUCGCUGUUGAAAAAGCGUCUUAUGACGCUUGGGCAAUUGGGUAACAAGAAUGCGUUGAAAUGAUUCAUUCAAUGAGUUGUUUUAACUACAAUAAUGUGUCAACAAUUACUUUAAACAGUCUAUGUGAUAGCAUCUUGUCUACAUUAUGUGUUUGUGUCACCUGUAUAAUAUUUAUAAUAUAAUGUAUUUGUUGACUAUGCUAAUUAAAGUUAACCGCUUCUUGUUCUUUAUCAACGAAUCUUAUCUGUUAUGUAUUCAUGGUAUGUUACUUUCUAAAAGUUUUACAAAAACACAAAUAAUUCAAAAGGCGACUGAACAAAACGAACGUUUGUCUGCAUCAGUGCGCGGUUACACAAACUUGCAGCAUGUCUUUAUGAUUUUAAUAUAAAGAAGUGAAACUCCAACUGCUCCAGCAGUAUUGCAUUCUUAUUAUACGCAAUUUCGUGGUCCUUUAUUUUUGGCAAGUGAGCGAUUGCCCAAACAGGAAGGCACAAUACGAAACAACAUACACACAUAGAAGAAUAUAGGCACUGGGGGAUAAAACCUGUUUUAGACAGCUCAACCUCAUACUUGGCCCAGCAAUAUUCAUGAUACACAUAUGUGUAAAUAAAAUUUAAGCUCAUAGCAUUGCAACUCAAAUUAAACAAUAACAAAAGGGAAUUUAAACUCAUUCAGUUUCAUUACCAUUUAAUUACUUGAUGUAAGGAAGGAGACCAGAGCAACAUAAUUACAACUGUAAAAGGGAAUUACGGCACAUGAUAUCACAUCAUACUAUACAUAGAUGGUGACGUCACUACGUUAUUGUCACCUCUAUGCUUAGACGCAUCACAUUCCCCUGGUUUGGGGAAUUAUGCUUUCGCCAAAGUAGUUCUGCGUAGGAAUGAAAAUGUUAAAAUUGAAAGAAAAAUCGUUUUUAUUGUGUUUUUAAAACGGAAUGUUGUUUAAAGAAAUGUUAUUUAAUCAUGUUUAAAUGUGAUUUUGAAUCUCUAUUAAGCCUGAUAGCGAUUAUCAGAAGCAUGAUUACCAGACCUUCUUUCGCUUUCACUUUUCAUUUGUAAAAGAAGUGCUACCCACAAUUCCUUUCGCGUUAGUACACAGGUCAGAAAGACCGGUGUGUACACAAUGAUAUCACAUAACAUAAACUGAUCACAGCCGGUGUAACAUCAAUCAGAUGUCGUAUGCAAAGAAUAUAAGGUUUAGACCGGUUUUUAGGUAUUUUGUACCUCACGCAUGUCCCAUUUGUAAUCAUAAUGGCAUACUUGAAGUGUAAAUUCAAAGAUAUAUUCAAGGCAUCGCAAUUCAAAAUUAAAUGUUAUACAUAACGUGUUAAUCCCACCUAGUGUGUCACACGAGCACCGUGUCACUGCAACCCAUAUUUCUUUAUCAAACAUCUUAUCAAAAUAGUGCUUAAUGACACGGAAAACUCGUUGAUAACACUGACGGUUAAAGGGUUGUUCUGAAACUAAGAUGGGUUUACCAUUAGGAUAAUGUCUACAGAUAACCGUACAUCUAUCACAACAUACUUUUGGUUUAUAUACGUUUGUGCAUAUCUGAACUAUAUAUUAUGUUCUUCAUUGUGAUGCAAAACAUAAAUUCUAAUAAAAUUGAAACCAUAUUAAACUGCAUUGUUUUAUGGCAAUAUAAUACACAUAUUUUGGUAAAAUGAUGCAUGGAUCAAUAGUGUCAGGCAUUUUGUAGUUCCCUCUGACGGUAAUAAUUGUAUAAAUGAUAGUAUAUGAUGGCAAGUACCUGCGUCUCUCCAGAGCAGAAUAAAUCAAUGAAAUGUGUAAGGUCUCAAAACCAUAUUUAUUAUACCAAGAGUUUUUGUACAAUAAAAAUAACCACCACGGUAAAAUAAAACUGCCCUACAUAAUCAUGAACAAUUUCAACAAUUCAAUGCAUUGAGGUUAUUCAGAUGCAACGUUUGUCAAGUUAGGAACUUAAAGCGUAUGUUUCACGCCGUAACGAGCGGGGCGUUCUGAAGGUAGGGUAUAUCGCGUAAAUCAGUGCCAUAUCUGUACGACCUACAGUCAUACGAAAAAAUGUCCUUAAAUAUGAAUGACGGGAAGUUCCGUAAAAGAGAUUCAAACAAAAUAUAUUCACCAAAUUAUAUUUCUGUCUUAGUGUUAUAUAUGUAUAACUAACAGGACAAAGUUUAAGUUUAUUUGUGGCGUAUGUAUCAUUCGGCAACAUAACGUGUUUUAUGAAAUACAAACGUGUUUACCAAAAUAUUAUACUUGAUUUAUAUUAAGAUGUAUUAAACGUGAUUUUUGUUUUUUAUUUUGCCUUCCUGUGAUAAUACAGAAAAUGUAUUUCUGUUUUUAAUAUAUGAAUAGUUUGGGUUAAUUAUUACUCUCGAUCAAGAAAGAAUGAGUACAAUAGCUUUUUAUUAAAUGUGUUUCCACAAUAGCUAGUUUAAGGAUCCGUAUUUCUGCGAGUUAAGACCAAACUUAUCUUGCUAUCUUUAAUACAUGGGAUGAAAUGUUGUUAAUAACGGGUCAUUUGAAGUUUGCAGAACCUUUUUUUUUGUAUAAUUCAGAACAUUAAUUGGUAUUUUACGUGCCAAUUUUCCUAAUGUACUUCAUGUAAGUUAUAGUAAACCUGUUGUGAAUUUAUUACUUUGAAAAGAAAAAAGUGUUUGUUAGACAAAAAGUUAUGUUCUUUCAUUUUUAUGAUGAUUACAUUGUUAUUGCUUAAGCAAUAACGUCUAUUCGUGUUGUUUAUUGCAGGUUUGUCAUACUUUUAGUUUAUAAUCCAUUUUGUUUAACGAUUCGAUCAAAAGGGUAAUUUUCUUGUAAAUCCGAUAGUAAACGUAUGUUCAUAAAAGGGUAUACACAUUAACUCUUUUUUUAAACAUAUGCACUUUUUAGUGCAAAUGUUUCGAGUAGAGAUUUCUUUAAAUAUCAACUAAUAAAAUAAAACUAACCAUAUCUUCUUGGUGAUAUAAAAACGUGUUUUGAUAUGCCCAUCGCCCAGGUAAACUAGGGCUUAGUCGAUAACGUAUAUUCAUAUCAAUCAUGAGGUUGCAUAUUGAGACCGAUAACAGUGCAAUAUUUAUGUACUACAACCUUUUGUUUAAUAUGUUUAUUUUAUAAGCAAACGCUCGAGGAUAAUCAGUCCAUUUAGACAAUUUACCAGAUAUGGAUUUUGGUAUGCAAUUUACGUUAUCUGAAACCCUGUAUGGUUUCGUCGCCAGAUUAAUGUUCGUUCGCACACUGUGUGAUUUCAUCGCCAGAUUAUGUUACGGGUGUUCUACAAGAAUUUCCAUAAACGAAGCAACUUAUAGAACUGACAUCAGCGACGAAACUCUUCCAACUUGGGAACAAUUGCUGAAAAACGCCAAGUUAGAAAUCAAACGACUUCGUCAGGAAAAACAGUUGUUGGAAACUGAAAAACAAGAUGCCUUAACCAGGCUUAGCCAACUGAUGUCGUCCAAACUGAGGGACAACAAUCCCAAUAUUGCCGACCUCAGUGACACAUUCAGACCGACCAAAAUUGCAGAGCUUCUCACCGAACUCUAUGACAAUGAGUGGACGGAUGCUUUUUCCGUGCUGGACCAACAAUAUACGGAAAAACAAGGGAUUACCUUCCUCUUAGAUAUCAUCAUGGAAGCAUACGUUUUUUGCGAAAAGGAACUCACAGAAUCUUGGAGCCACGUCCAAAAUCACUAUCUUAUAGAGAACGAUACUGUGACAGCGAAGAGUUUGAAAGAUGCACGAAAAAAGAAGGUUCUGCGACACAUUGACGAAACGGAACGGCAUUUUUCAACUCAUCUAUCAACUCAUUUCAACGAAUACCCAUCGUUUUCCAACAACGACGCGAUCAAAAAAUAUAUAAUGGAAUGCGUACGGUUAUGUCUGCUCAUGAAUGCCAAUGACCCGCCGGUGGUUAUUGAAUGUCCAGGAUGGCAUCCGCGUAUUUGGAAACAAGCUCACACCCGAAUGCCAAUGGUCAAUGGCAAACCGACGUCAGGGAAAGCAGUUGUUGGAAUAGGAAUAGACGAACAGCCAAUGCCUAGACAAGUUUUUGAAAAGGCUGUUUUCAAGGAAUAUACAUGCCGUGGACCAUACAUCGAGUACAUCGUUUGGCCAAUCACGUACCUUCAUCGGAAUGGACCGAUGCUUGCCAAAGGAAUAGCUCAAGGAAACAAUAUGCAGAACAGUCCACACCAAAACACUGAAUUACUUUGUGUUGUUGAUGUUCAAAAGUGACACUAACUACCUAUAAAAUGAAGGCAUAAUUCAUAUGAUCUUAUUAUAAUGUGGUAAAUAUGACACAGACGCGCAUAAUAAAUAAACGUUUAUAUGUAUUUCGAAUGGCUAGCAUUAAUUAUUAACGUAUACAUCGAAAACAAUGCUGUUCAAUUUCAUUUAUUUGAGGUGUGUCAUAAAAUAUUAUCUAAAUUACAUCAAUAUAAUUACCUCGUCGCUACAUGCUGUUUUUUGUGUAUUUGCAAUGUGUAUAUAAAAAAAAUUACUGACGAGAUUAACAAGAAAGCACCUUUCAAUAACCACUCGUGAUGUUUGAAGUUGAUACCUCUGAUAUUUUCAAUAUAAGCCCUGUUAAUAAAUCCGACGUCCGUAUAUGUUACAGAAGACUCAAUCUCCGCAAUUAUUCAUACACAUAAUUAUGCAAUGUUUUUUUAAAGCUUUCCAGUGGUUUAUAAAGACAUAUCAGCGAUUUAAAACUGAGAAUUCAUUGUUGCAAAAUGUGAAAAUUAAAAAAUGACAAUUAUCGAUAAUUAUAGUGUCAUUAUGUGAAAUGACGUCUUUUUCAUGAAGAUACGACGUCAGAAAAAAAUCAACACAAAAAUAAUCGUUUGUAAGCAUAAAAUAAAAACAAUAUUUGGUGAUUAGUGGAAUAUCGAUUUUUAUUCACUCGUGAUAAUAGAAAAGGUAUAUUUUCUGUGAUAACUCGUGAGUCAAAAUAAUUAUUUCACCAAAUCAAAUAAAUAUCUUCUAUGUUAUUUCCCCAGUGUACAAUUAUAUAUGGGACCGAUAUGAAAAUAUUUUCCGUGUAAGCAACUAGCUGUUGGCAACUCUGAUGUGGAAACGAUAUUUCUAUUGUUCCAUAAUUGGCUACCAUAUCGGCUUUAUGUUUGCUUGAUUUUAUUUAAAUGUGUUUCUUAUAUUGAAUUUUAAUAAAGGUUAUAGCUUU